AUGUCGCGCAUUGACGUGCACCAGGACGACAAAGGGCUUGCAGCAUGUUGGGCUGGGGCGAACCUCAAGGCUGACUGGACGGCCGCCUACACGAAGGACAACCGCAUCGCGGAAGCGCGGUUCAAGAGCGCUUAUGAAGCAGGCCAACAGGCCCUUAAGCAUGUGGCUCAAUCGGCCCCGAAGACUGAGGACCUUGAUGAGGCUCUCCCUGACAGCACAGUGCAGCAGUUGAACACGGAUUGGACGCGUCGCUACAACUUGCAGUUUGACUCCGUGCUUGAGCCCUCCGAGCAGCUUCGAGCCCGCGUCUAUCGUGAGUUCAAGAAGGGCACCAUGACGGUUGUCGACAUGAAGAAGGUCCGAUCGGUGCUCACCAUGGCCCAACCGAAGCACAGUGACUCGAUCGCUUUGCCUGGCGGUCUGCAACUGCAGCUGGAGAAGGAGGUCUCUGUGAGCCUCCGCUCAGUGACAGACUACUACUUUGCCAUGCGGGUGUUGGCUCAUGCGUGGGGCUGGGCUGGGAACUACUUGGUGCAGGUGGACAAACAGAGCGUCCUCUUCAUGGAUCUGUCCUGCGCCUUGCACUACUGCGACAGGGCCCUCAAGGACACCAUGGAAUUCGGUGGAGGCAGCCUGCUUUGGUUGCAACGCAACGACUCCCUGACCAGGGGAAAAAUGGCCACUUACGUCAGGCGUGGCCAGCCUGGGCAAUGGGCUUUGGACAGCGCCUUGCGUGACACACACCUCGAAUGGCGGUCGCCUGCCGUGCAGCCCUUAGCUGAGGUUCCUGAGUCAAAGCAGGGCAAGAGGCCCCCUGAACCACCAGCGCCGACCACUGACCGGAAGAGACAGGUCAAGGGCGACUCCUUUCGCACGGUGAGCCAAAUCAAAGGAGGCCAAAAGAUCUGCAAACCUUGGAAUGAUGGCAGGGGAUGCACUGACCCGAAGUGCCAAGCCUUGCACUGCUGCGAUGUGCGCAUGGAUGAAGGGGGCCCGUGCUUGAGCAAGAAGCACACGAGGCUCGAGCAUCACGCUGGGAUGAUGGCCCCCUCGGAGCCACAGCCCCAGGACCAGCCCCCUGCUGAGUCCUGGGAGCCGCACCGAACAGUUUUGUUGCAUGAUGAGCCGGGGACAACCUCGGCAGUUUUGCCGGCUGAGCUGAGCCAGCGCUUGCAUGGGGCCAAGCCAGUCACUUGGCGUGGUCGGGGCGAUUUGGCCCAAGUGCCUUGGACCUCGCCACCUCGUGGCACUUGGCUGGUCCUGGACUUGUGGGCCGGAUAUUCAGGUUUGUGUGUGGCUUUGUUGCAACUGGGCAUGCACUUCUUUGCAGCGGCAGCUGAGUGUGACGCUGAUGCCCGCCGAGUAGCUCAUGAGAAUAUGCCCAACAUUGUCCACGUGGAGCGGGUUGAAGCCCUCACUGCCCAAGCCUUUCAGCCAAUCCUACAACGCCGCAACAUACGUGGCGUCCUGAUGGGUGGGGGCAGCCCUUACCAAGGUAACUCAUCUCUGAAUGUGGGCCGGAAAGGGCUGGAUGAUCCCAGGAGUUGCCAACCUUUGGAGCUGAGGCGACUCCGAGACGAAUUUUUGGCCCUCCCCGAGAUGGUGGAUCGAGAGCUUGUGGUGUUUUUGGAAAACGUUGGCAGCAUGCCUUCAGAUGUCAGGAGGGCGUGCAGCUCAUGGCUUGGUGGUGACCCUAUCUUGAUUGAUAGCGCCACUUGUGGAUGGGUGCAACGCCGUCGCCUGUACUGGUUGGUUUCUACGAGCAGAUCCAUCGCCCCGUGCCUCGCACCGCCGGCUUGUUGGGACUGGGUCCCACAAGAUAGUGGAGUGCCUUCAUUGGCCUACGUGGGCGAGAAACCACUCCCCAACAAAUCUGCAGCGGUGGAACGCUUCCUUUCCGAUGCCCGGCGGUUUCCUCCCUCGGCGUAUGAGGAGCGCUCCUUGUUGUGGAAGGACCAGCAGUGGCGGCAACCAUUGCCAUCUGAACGUGCCCAAAUGAUGGGCGUUCCCCCAGGUAGUUUUGAUUCUGUGCCUGGUGAUGCACCAUUGAAACGACAGGGACAGAACAGCCUCAUUGGCAAUGGCUUUCAUGUCUUCUCUGUGCUGGCCGUCCUGUGCUUCCUCCCUCAGCUGCUUGAGGCCAAGGUCGUGCCACACCUGUCGCCUGCCGAUGAAUUGUCCCUCCAUGAACGAGUGCAGAACACGGUCUGGGAGCCCGGCCGCUUACGGCACUUUCCCCAGCUGGUGUCGGCCUCUGAUGUUGCCAACGAGCUACCAGGUUACAUGGCAUGGUGCAAGCUUCGAGGCCUGCCGGUGGAUGACAUGGGCCCCCAGCACAUGACUCGGAUGGAUGGGGCCAGAGUUUACAGUGGCUUGACUGGCCAGCGGCAUGCUGGCCAGCGGCAUGCGGCCGAUUCAUCCAAAGGUUUGGAUCACCUUUUGGUCCCUGGCCUGGGCAAGCUGGGUCACAUGGAAGCUUCCUCCCAGCUGCCCUCGCCCUUUCAACCGACCGAUUGGCCCGAGCAGGACGUGAUGUUUGUGGUCGACGCUAUUUGUGUCUGGCGACAGUACCUCCCAGCAUAUGCCAGGCGCUUGCGACAGGUGUUGAAGUCCGUCGCUCUGGCUCUCAGUCCUUUCGAGGAUGCGCUCGCCCAGUGGCGCUCUGAGAGUGCUCGCCGGGUCGCAGCGACGAAACGUCCUGCUUUCAUCGCGGCGCUGACCAUACUGCUGCGCUGGCCUGACCUGACUCAAGGCCAGUGUUUGGUGACUGGUUACCCUAUUGUGGGGGAGAUCGAACCAUCUGGCCUGUUCCGGCCUAUUGCAGCUAAGGAAGUCGAGCCGCUGGACCAAUGGCUUGUUGAUGCUGGCGCCAUUGUGGAUGCGUUGGUGCAGAGCAGGCCCCCUCGGCAUGCUGCGGACAUCCUUGAGCAGACCCUGGCUGAACAGCAGAAGGGCUUCUGUUCUCCCUUAUAUACGCGAGCUGCCAUGGACCGCAUGUUCGGCCCGAAUGCCUGGAGGCCGUUGGAACGCUUUCAGAUCGUUCAGGCUGACAACAAGAAGAGGAUGAUUGACAAUGGCAGGCGAACUCACCACAAUGCCCAUACAAGUAUGCAGGAGACUAUCUUCACUGUCAGCAUUGAUUUUGUGGCUGCCGUGGCCGCCUCCUUGUGCAAGCGCCUCACAACGCAUACCUCCACCGGCAACGUGCCGGACUGGCUCCGACUCCGUUUGGGGACAGAUGACCUUCCUGACGCUUACAGGGGCCUACCAGUGUGCGAGCCGCACCAGCGCUUCUCCAUCGUGGCCAUUUUCGUCCCGGACUGUGGCUGGAGGUUUACAGUGCUCUGGGGCCUUGCAUUUGGCCUUGAGAGUGCGGUUGUCUCUUUCAACCGUUUCCCUCAACUUGGCAUCGCCAUAGCCAGGCGCUGUGUGCUCAGUAUGGGAGCAGCCUAUUUCGACGAUGAGCUUGCCUUGGAAGCUGUUGCAGACGCUGAUGUUUCUCAAGUUGGCCUACGGCUCGUGUUCCAACUUAUGGGUGCCCCUCCUCAGCCGGAGAAAGGCUUCAAACCGACACCCAAUCGCCAUUACUUGGGCACCUCCGUUCACACAGGUGAUGUCAAUGAUCGAGGUGUGGUUCGGGUUCAACCCAAAGCCACUACUGUCAGCAAGGUCUUAGCCAAAUUAGAUCAAAUUUUGAGUUCUGGCCAGCUCUCGCGCGAUGAUGCUGGCAAACUUCGGGGUGACGUCACCUGGCUGUUCACUAUGUGUUCAGGUCAUCUAGGCAAGCUUGCUGGGCCGGCGCUGACUGCCCACCAAUUCGGUGACAGCUCGCUUCUCCAACCUGAUGAGCGACGCCAGCUUGAAGUCCUUCGUUUGGCAGUGCUUAGCUCCAAGCCCCGUGACAUUCCAGUUCACUUUCAAUGUGCCCAGGUGACACGAGAGACGCUAGCAGCUGUGGUGGUCCCGGCGCUGUGUCCCACAGUUCUCUGCAAUGCAGAUGUCCUGUGGUUCUUUGACAACGAAUCCGCUGUCAGCGCUUUGAUCCGCGCUUCUACGGCCGAACCCGAUGUCCUGAUCCUGGUCCAGCAAGCUCACCUUCAGUUCAAUGACCUUCGAAUGAGGACCUGGAUUGAAUGGAUUGACUCGGCCUCUAAUCCCGCUGACGGCUUGUCGAGGUACAUCGAUGCCAAAGAGCUCGAACUGAUUCUGCGCAAAGGCGCUUCCAUGACUUCACUGGUGUUAAGUGUCAAACUUCGUUCAGACCAAUUCGCUUGUCUAUUGGAAUUGGAUGGCUGUAAGACUGAUGAGAAGUCCCUGCUGGAAAAUCGCCUGGUUCGGAACUUGACAGACCGGGCAUGGGAGUGUGUCCUCGACAUAGACCGUGAAGCUCUGCGAAAGGCUGACGGGGUUGAGUACCUCCUGAAAUUCCUCAAGGAACGUAGGGGUAAGCAAGAAGUGGACCUCUUAGGUGAUUCCUUGCAGCAGUACUUCCAAAAUCCUGAUUGCUUCCGAAAGGAAGGCGAAAAUCUGAAUGAUUUCGAACAAAGGCAUGGGGCCUACAUCCGUGACAUCACCAAGGCAAUGGUGGAAAAUGGUUGCACAAACACUGUUCCUUCUGAGAUCUAUGGUUGGUUUGCCAUUAACAAGUUGUUUCGCUUAGAUGCUACAGACAUCGCCAUGGUAAAGGCUCAGACGGCCUCGUACAAACUGGAUGAUGUGUUGAUAGCAAUGCGGAAGAUGUGGGGUGGCGACAGCCUUAGCAAGCGUGACGCUGAGAAAAGGAAGGGACCUAGCGCAACCAAGACUUUUGUUGCUACUGCUGAAUCAUCAUGGACAGAUGAGCCCUAUGAGGAUCAUGAGACAGCUUGGAUGAACACACAGGAUGGUGAGCCCAAUGACUCCGAAGAUGAUCUGGAGGAAAGUCAGGUUUGGUUUGACCAGGCAUCGACCGCCCUGGCUGAUCAGCCAACAGACCCUGCAGUCCUGGCCAAUUUCCAGGAAGCUCGCAAGAACUUCUACAAGGAGGCUCGACGGGCACUGGACAAACACAGGGUUGCUCGUGGGUUUUAUCCAUCGGGAAAAGGAAAAGGAAAAGAAGGGGCCAACAAAGGGUUUCAAGGCCGCUGCAUGAGAUGUGGGAAGAUCGGUCACAAAGCGAUGCAGUGUAAGCAAAGCCUAUCCUCCAGUGCGGUGUCCCCCGGACCAUCCGGUGGAAAGGGUGCGGAUGCCGGACGCGUUGGAUUUGUUUUUGCUCAGACUGCCGCUGACGACCAUUGGAUUGCAGAUAGGGUGACAUGGGCUUCAACAGAUGAGAUCUAUCCUCUUCAUGAACCAAACUUUGCAGCUCUCACUGAUGAGAUCAACACGAAGGCAAUUUUGGAUUGUGGGGCUAGUGAGUCCAUCAUUGGAGCCUUUACUCUGCAAACCUUGUAUGAUCAAUAUGUGGCACAUGGUCUGGACCCCGAUCUUGAAAUCAGCAUUGACCGCAUGCACCGUCGGUCAUUCGUGUUUGGCAACAAUGAGACAUCGCAAGCUCUAGGUUAUGCUGUGAUCACUGCCGGAAUUGCGGGACAUAAUCUCCGGAUUCCCGUGCACGUCGUCGAAGGUCAGACACCGAUGCUGUUGAGUUCAAGAUGGUUGGAAGAACAUGAAGCUGUCAUCAAUUUUCGAACUGGUGAAGCCUCCUUCAAGUUUCUGGGAGAUGAAAAUCUGAAGUUGGAACGUGCAAGUACCAACCAUCUUCUGUUGCCCAUGACCUCUUUUGAUCCUCAAAGUGUUUCCAAUGAUGUUGCUGUUCCUGAGAACAAUGGAAAUGGUAGUGAGUCGCACUGCGAAGCCUUUGCGACUCAGGAUCAGGUGCAGAAUCUGAUUGAAAAGCAAAAAUAUGGAAGACGCAUUCUGAAGAAUUGCCGCAAGAUUGUCGCUAUGCAGAGGACUCUCAUGUCUUCGUCCAUUCAAUUUGGAGAAAUCAUGAACAAUGUGAAACAGUCUGGCAUCUUUGUUCACGAGGGUGGUCAGUUACCUAGUGAUCGUGAUCAGUUGGAUCGUGUAGUUGACAAUGCUGAAGAUGCUGAUGAGUAUGAGCCUUCCAUUUUGGAUGAACCAGCCAAUCAGGGUCAACCUGUAGCUGACUCAAAGGAAAGUGAUCAGGCCGAGGAUCCUCCCGAUGCGUGGGGUCCAGAUAAGAUUCGUGGUAAUCCCGUGGUUCAAGCUGUUGGCGUUUCUAUCAUGGAUGAAAUGACUAACUAUCAUACUGGUUGCAUCAUUCGAACUGGCGGCAAGAAUUUGGGCAGUGUCACUGGACCUGAGUUCAAGCAGGCUCUUCACAAACAUUGGUUGCGGGUGUUUCCUCAACCCAAGUUUAUUCGGUUUGACACUGAGGGUGCCUUUCGGGAUGUUAGCCUGGUUGAAUGGUUGGAAAGCCAAGAUGUUCGUGUUCAGUAUGCUGCAGGUGAAGCCCCUUGGCAGGUUGGCAGACACAGUCGGCACUUAGCCACCUUGAAGGACACGAUGUCAGUUUUGGCCUUGUCUCAAUCUCCCGAUCUGGAGCCAGAUGAGCUACUCAGCUUAGCACUUGGAGCGAAAAAUCGGUUGCAUCAGAUUCAAGGGUAUUCCCCUAAUCAGUGGGCUUUUGGGUCUGAGAGAAACAGUGUUGAGUCAUGGCUUGAAAAGGGAGAUCAUUUGCCUACGCAGAGUUCCCGUCACCAGAGUGUGACCUUUGAACAGAACCUCCAGAGAAUCCAAAGUGCCAAAGAGGCAUUUCUGCGGGCCGACGGCCAAAGACGCAUCCUCCGAGCUGAAAAAGGAAAGGCCCGGAGAGCAGAAGAGUUUGAAGUUGGUCAGCUUGUCUAUUUCUACAGAAAGGGAAGAGGUGGUGCUAGUAACAGGCAUCCAGGUUGGUAUGGUCCUGCUCGCAUUGUUGGCAUUGAAAAACAGGGUGAAGCUAGUGAAAACAUGACACAAGGAUCCAUCAUUUGGAUAGGAAUUGGACGAAGCAACCUGCACGCCAUGGCAUCCUCAAGCUCCCAGCAAGAGCUGAUCCAGAAGCUGAAGACGCGGGUCAAGGCAUCGAAAGCCUCCGCCAAUCUCUCGGAACUGCAGCUGGAGGUGCAGAGGUGCCAGGCCAUGCCUCUGACCGACCUUGGGAAGGAGGUGGUGAUUCAUGGGUGUCAUCGUCACAAGACGGUGCACGAGGUGUACCGCGACCAACUGGACUACGUGGUCUGGCUCAUGCAGAACCAGAAAACGAAUCCAAAAUUCGUGAACAUCGUGGAGUACACCCGGAGGAAGGAGGAUUGGGAGCCCUUCUACCCGGUGGAAGAGAGCCCCCAGGGCUAUGCCGCUCCCAAGACGAAGAGCAAACCAGCAGACCAGUCCAAGAGUUCCGAGACCAUACCUCAUCCCGACGAGGUCGAGAGCGACUGGGACGAGAUGACACCGGACAUGAACGAGAAUGCAGCCAACUCCGAAACCCAACAGAUGUUCAAGGCGAUGAUGGGAGCCUUCAGCGAGCUGAAGCUUCGCAUGGACGACCUGCAUCGAACCAGCGAGGUGCAGCAGAUGAAUCUGCACCAAGGCUUGGGAGCUAUCAACCAGAUCCAAGUCAACCAGGAACAGCAAGACCAUCGUCUGAGAGCCAUCGAACAGCAGAUCCCGAAACCGUGA